AUGUUCACACACCUCGGGGCUAGGGCACACAUCCAGGCAUCACAUUAUACGCUUGCAAGUCUAACAUCCUCCGACUUGGGGAACGAGACUGUUUUGGGGCCAUGGGAGUGUUUGACUCGAAGUCGGCUUACUGGGCCCUAUACUCUGCGGGAUCUCGCAGCAGUUGCGCUAACGUGUCGUACAUUGAGUGGUUCUACGCUCGACGUGCUAGCUAUGGAAUACCCAACUCGGGAUAGUGAUUAUGAACCAGACGAGGAUCGGAGUAUUCAGUCUUAUGAUGAACCAUCCCUGCGUCGGAACAUCUUGGUGUUCCCGAAAGGCAUGGGGAACAUUAGAGACAUCUCAUUUGUGCCAUUAUCCCGUAGUAGCCUCACAAGUUUCGAAGUUUAUCCCGAAUUCAACAUGAAAGUGGAAAGCUGGCCAUUACUUUCGAAUCUACUCGAUGAUCUUCCUCAGCUGAGGACGAUGAGAUUGGGAGAACAUCUGGAUCUUGGUAUCUACGGGCACGUUGCCGAGGGUCCUGGCCUCGUUGGCCUUCAGAUGUUCCCUCGUUUGCAGAAACUGAAAUUAUCAAGUGAUACCAAUUUUGCUGUUGGUUUCUUGACAGCAUUACAGUCGAUGGUAGUCCGUCGGAGUCGGCUAGGAACCAGCCUGAGCACUUCGACCGUCAUCGACUCUUUUCGUCCUUGCGAGGAACUUGCGACAACUACUAUAGAUGCCGGCCCUCUGGCCACGUUCGCAAGGCCUUCUCCAAACUUACUGCGUCUUCAGCUUGGUAUCCCGUGGGAUACGGCAGAGUUGCCAGUGCUCGAUGACGAAACGCUUACUAUCUUGUCAUCGCGCCCCACGUGUUCCGCUUGCACGCAGAUAGUGGUGAAUGUGGAUUCACCCUGGGACAAUCCAGAAGUAGUGGCAAAAUUUUCGCCACGGUGUUUCCUGGCAGAGCAAUCAAGAUCGUACUUGCUACACCUUUCUGCCGGAAGUUGCCAUCCGAACAUCCCUCAGAUAGGUGGCAUGGAGUUGUGGAAUAACUGGAAUUGCUCAGGAGGUCACAGCUGA